AUUGCAGCCAUGCCGUUGCGGACUGCUUUGACGAACAUGCUUGGCAUCGAACAUCCGAUUAUUCAAGGAGGCAUGCAAUAUGUUGGGUAUGCAGAAAUGGCAGCCGCUGUUUCCAAUGCUGGAGGAUUGGGCAUUUUGACUGGCCUUACCCAGCCCAGCCCAGAAGCGUUGCGUGCCGAAAUUCGACGAUGUCGCACUAUGACGGACAAACCCUUCGGAGUGAACCUGACGAUUUUGCCAGCUCUGAUCCCUGCAGAUUACGAUGCCUACGCGCGGGUGCUGGCUGAAGAAAAGGUGACUUUGGUGGAGCUGGCUGCUGGCUCGCCUAAGAAAUACACGCCCAUGUGGAAAGCUGCUGGUGUCAAGGUUUUGCACAAGUCUGCAACCAUCCGGCAUGCACUGAAGGCCCAGGAAGCCGGAGUAGACAUCAUCGAGAUUGUCGGCUACGAAGGUUCGAUCGCUGGUGGGCAGCCUGGCGAUGAGGUAGGAGCUUGGGUGCUGUUGGCAAAGGCUACAUCUAUGCUGAAAGUGCCAGUUGUAGCAGCUGGCGCUUCAGGAACCGGGAGGCAACUGGCGGCUGCUUUGGCCAUGGGGGCACAAGGAGUCACCAUGGCAACGCGGUUCGUGUGCACCGUGGAGGCUCCCAUUGAUCAGAAAAUCAAGGAGUGCAUGAUGCGUCCAGAGGUAGAUGAGAGGCAGACGACUAUCGUUCUUGGAACUUUGAGCAACGCCACCCGUGUCUUCAAGAAUGGCGUGUCACAGGAGAUCCGGCAAAUCGAAAACAAAGGUGACGUGGACUUCAGUGAAGUGAUGCCCUUGGCAUCUGGCAGCCGCACCAAGAAGAUGUGGCAAGAAACCGGGGACACGCAGGAUGCCAUGUGGAGUUGCUCGCAGAGCUUAGGACUUAUCAGUGAUAUCCCCACCUGCAAGGAGCUGUUGAGGCGGAUGGUCUCAGAGGCUGAGGAGCGGCUCAACCGCGGAGCUCAGUGCAUCGUGGCCUCCAAACUCUGACGGAGCAACCGCCGCAGCGGGCGGUUGGCCGGCUGCGGACGUGUGCAACGUAGGACAGACCCAUGGCAAUUGGGAAAAUCAUGGAACAGCUGCAGAUGUUGAUG